AUGAUGCCGACUGGUAAGUCCUGGGCUCUGAUGUUCCUAUCAGCCCUUUCACAAACCUACGCCUCCACACCCAAUCGGGACGGCGACUCGCAAAUGGCCUCAUCCCCCGAAUCUUCUGUCGGCUCACCGGCCGGCUCCCGUACGCCUACGAACAAUGCCAGUCUCAAUGACUCCGCGGCAGGAUUUGCGGGGGCUUCCGAACUAUCCCCACCAGGCUCGCAGACACAGAACUUCUCCGAAGUCACGGAGAUGACCGGGCUCGAGAAGAACGGGCCUUCGGAUUUGUCGACACAGGUUGCUGGACAGCAGCAACAGCAGCAACCCGGGGCACGGUGGAUGAACAAACGGGCGGAGGAGGAGUACCAGCGAGCUAUGGAGUAUAUUGUCGAUAAGGACUUUAAUCUGGAUGAAUUCGGUGACCCUUUCGACGACCGGGAUAUGGAGGAGGAAAUAUUCUAG